UGGGUGCAACACAUUAAAACGCUCCCCGGAAACCAGAAGCUUCUACGUUCCGGGAAGUUUGUCACUUUUCAUACUAGUUACUUUUACUGUAUAAUUAUGGCGACCCUUGAUGUGACCGAAUAGGGUCUUGCUAAAAGUGAAGAAGUGAUUUUACCAUGCUUAACAGUGUGCAACGGUUGUAUUCUCUUAACUGCAAUGGAGUUCUUGAUCAGACACACCUGGGACAGCUUGCCUGUGAAUCAUGAGCCGGUAAAGAUUAAAUUCUCACCUGGUGAGGAAGGUUUGAGAAUGGAAGUGAUUGCCCCAUUCUUCAAUGACCCCCCUGCACCAUCCGGAACGCCUGGAGAGCCUUUCCCAGGUCUCUGGGACUAUGAGGUGGUGGAGUCAUUCUUCCUGAAUAGCAAUACUGAGCAGUAUCUGGAGGUGGAAAUUUGCCCACAUGGGCAACACCUUGUUCUGCUGCUGAAUGGAAAACGUAAUGCAUUUAUGCAACAGCUCCCUCUAUCGUUCCAUGCCAGUAUAGAGGGCAAGAUAUGGAAAGGAGAAGCUCUUUUGCCAUGGAGGUAUUUCCCUCAGGGGGUUAAUAAAAUGAACUCCUAUGCUAUCCAUGGCUCUGGUGCAGGAAGGACAUAUGAGGCUCUGUAUCCUGUUCCCAAAGAGGACCUGCAAGAAGGACAGGGACCAGACUUUCAUCGUCUUGAGUACAUUCGGAACUUCCUGCUACAAAGCAUAAUGGGAGAAGACUGGGUCCUUCCAGAGUCUGACCUGUGGAAUUCUGUGAGCACAUGAAUGACCAGCUGAAAAGCACAAAUUAAAUAAAACCUUCUUGACAAGUCUGUCUCAUAACCAGUUUAUUUGUGAUGAUGAUGUUUUUUUUUUACACAGUAAUGACUUAUCAUUUGCUUCCAUGGCAAUGUUAAUGCACAAAGUCCUCUGCAGUCUUAUUGAAGUUAAUGGAGUGGCUUAUUUUAAUGUGGGAGUAUAAUGGGUUUUAUUAUUGCAAUUUAAUCCGUAAUGCGGCACUAAUCUCAGAACUAAGUGUCACGUCCAGCACCAAAUAUCUCAGCAAUUUGUAGCAAUUGGGAAUUAGGUUAAUGUUUACUGAAAUAAAAUCAACCAUUUAAAUAUGGAGAUGGUAAAUGUUCAUAGGACAUAAAGUGGACAAACAAAUACUUCUAUUUCAUUAUCAGACUUUUAUUUGUACUUUAUUUCUUACGUGUCCCCCAAAAAGUAGUUUAUUGGCAUGUUAAAAUAAUAAAACAUUAUUUUAAGAAUAAAGUUGUAACAUGAGAAUAAAGUCACAAUGUUUUGAGAACAAUCUCAUAAUUGGCCUUUUACGACAAUAAGUGAUACAUUUUUGAGAAUAAAGUUGUAACAUUACCAAAUAAAGUCAUAGCAUUAUGACAUUUAAGCUGUAAUAUAAGAAAUAUAGUAAUAUUUAGAAAAAGGAAUACAUUGAAGGCAUUUGUUAAGGCAUCCUUAUUUCAGCGACCCAAUAUGUCAACUUCUCGCUAAACCUAUUGUGUGGUUUUUGAGGUGGGACAUCCUGUUUGUCCAAACAAUGGGAGAUGUGGGGCAUUUUUGCAGUUCCUUUUCAUGCAGCGAGUACUGCAGAAAUACAAACUUGAUGACGUGUGAAAUAUGUACUUUGUGUAUUGAUUGGCUAAAUAAAAAU